AUGGCCAGCCGCCUCGCCCCCCUCAUUCCUAAAAGGGCACUCUGCCCAUCCAUCCUCCGCUGCCGCGCUAGCCCCCUCCUCACCCGCUCCCAAUCCACCUCCACCCCCCGUCCGCCCUACCUCAUAAACGACCGCCUCUACCCCACCGACGCCUGGUCCAACUGCCCCCCAACCAUCCUCUCCAAAACCGGGCGUAACCUCCACCUCCUCCCCGCACACCCCAUCGCCAUCAUCCGCCAAAUCAUCGAAGACCACUUUUCUGCCUAUACCGCGCUUAUACCAGAGACGCCCGCUGUGAGCGUGCAUCAGAACUUUGAUGAGCUCGGUUUUCCCCCAGACCAUCCUGGGAGGAGUAUGACGGAUAGUUAUUAUUUGAAUAAAGAGCACAUGCUGAGGACGCAUACGAGCGCGCAUGAAGUGGAGAGUUAUAGGAAAGGGCUGGACCAGUGGCUCUUGAGCGCCGACGUGUAUAGGAGGGAUGAGAUUGACUCGUCCCACUAUCCCGUCUUUCACCAGAUGGAAGGCACCCACGUCUGGUCUGAAGACGAGCUGCGUACCCUCCCCGAGCUCAACGCCAAACUCGCCGCCUCCCUCGCCUCAUGCCCCAUCCUCAUCGAAGAUACCACCUCCAUCUCCUCUUCCAACCCUUACCAGCCGCACCACGACCCAGCGCACGCCGCCCAAAUCGUGCAGCACCUCAAACACUCGCUCAACAGCUUGAUCUUCCGGCUCUUCGGGCACGUCGUGACCAAGACGGGCGAACCGUUGAGGGUACGCUGGAUAGAAGCUUAUUUCCCGUUCACCACCCCGAGCUACGAGGUCGAAGUUUGGUGGGACGGUAAAUGGCUCGAGAUCCUAGGCUGCGGCGUCGUCAUGCAGAAAACCCUCGACCAAGCUGGCGUAUCAAACAAAGCCGGCUGGGCAUUCGGCCUCGGCCUCGAACGCCUCUCCAUGGUCCUAUUCUCCAUCCCCGACAUCCGCCUCUUCUGGUCCUUCGACCAACGCUUCCACUCUCAAUUCUCCGCCGGCCAGAUAACGACGUUCAGGCCGUAUAGCAAGUAUCCGGCUUGUUAUCAUGACAUGAGCUUCUGGCUGCCUGUCGGGGCUGUCGGGGCUGUGGCGGACAAGGGCGCGGGGGGGGGUGAAGGGGGUGUUGGUGCUGGUGCUGCCGGGGGUAAGGGGCGGGUGUUCCAUGAGAAUGACUACUUUGAGAUCGUCCGCGAGAUCACCGGCGACCUCGUCGAAAACGUCGCUCUCAUCGACGAAUUCACCCACCCCAAAACCGGGCGCCAAUCCCGCUGUUACCGGCUCAACUACCGCUCCAUGGACCGUUCAUUAUCCAACGACGAAGUCGGUGCUUUGCAGAAACAGGUGCAGGAGCGGGUGGUGGGGGAGAUGGGUAUUGAGAUGCGAUAA